AUGCCUCUAGCGCCCUCCCCCCCUUUCCCCACCAUCACCACUCCCACCUCGCCAUCCUCCCGCCGCCGCCCCUCGGCAACGCUCUCGACGGACAUGCCCUCUCCGGCCUCCACAGCGCCGUCGACACCGACCACCCGCCGCAGCUGGAAGCCCGUGAUGCCCUCCAUCCUCGGCAAGAUGCGCACCUCGAUGCGCCUCAGCGGCGCAUGGAGCCCAGACACGCACCACGACCCGCAGCGCGAAGCGCGCGAAGACGACGACCGGCUGUUCGCGCGCCUGAGAGAAGGAUACCCCUGCGAGGACGUGAAGCACAUCCUCGCACUAACGGCCAAGCACCACCGGGAGCUGGACACGCAGAUCGACUUCGUCGCCUCGUGGGCCGCCAUGGUCGCCGAGUGGGUGGGCACGAUGACAGCGCAUCUGCCCGCGCUGACGGCUGCGCAACGGCCGCGCGUGGUGCAGCUGCGCGCGCAAGCCGAGACGUAUCUCUCGCUCGCGCACCUCUUAGCGCUCGAGCACGCGCAAACGGGCGGCCGGUUGCGCGUCGCCCACGCCCUCCUGCAGCAUGCGCGCGUGUGGAUCGAUCUUGGGCGGGACCGGACACACCAGCGCUUCGAGGACUUUGAGCGCGGCUCGGAGGGCCGCGGGAGAUGGGAGCGGCGGGGGAGCAGGCACGACGAUGUCGCGGGGAACCUCGACGCGAUCGCGACGUGUUUCAGCGAGCUGUCGAGUGCCGAGAGCCGCCUGCCCCACCUCCACAACAGACUCGCGGAGGCGGCCGAGCGCCUCCUCGAGGCGCAGGAGGAUCUCGACGACAUGGUCGCGUCUAUCGAGGUCGCCAAGGGGCUGAUUGAGGGGCUGACAACAAGUUCGUCUACUCAACACCCACCCCCAUCCACCUUCAAUACGAUGUCGCUCGCAUCUCGCCGCCAUGGCGCGCCCACCGCCCUCCUCAUCCCAGCGGGGUCCGCCACGCUCCCCUGCCGCCGCCUGUCGUCAGCUUGCAUCACACCCAACUUGAGCACGUACGGUCUGAGUCCCUCGUCGCUCUUUCCGCAGCCCACCACACCGGAAGAGACAGAAGAAGACGAGCCCGUUGAGAACCACGAAAAGCCCCACCCACGCAUCCUCGUGGGCCGCGAACAAGACUGGGCCCAUUUCUACGGCUCGUCACUCUGGAGCGUCCACCUCCUCGACCACGUCGAGCAGAUCUUCCCCCUGCAGCCCUUGAUCGCACUUACCCCGAAACACAAAGUCCUCAGAGGGUGGGAAGCGCACAUCGGCGCAUUCGACAUCAGCCACCCCGCGCGCGCCACCGGCGCAUGGCUGCUCCCGCACGCCGCGCACGCCUGGUGGGCGGAAGACUACGCGACGCAGCUCGACCGCGUGUUUCCGCGCGAAGACAUCGUCUUCCUGCUGCACCGGGCCGAGGACAUCCUCGCCUCCCUGAAGGCGGGGGAGGACGAGCUCGCGGCCCUCAAAGAAAGCCUGUACUGGCUAACCGCCGAACGCACGCCCAGCGCGUGCUCGAGCGCGUCGUCGCGCUCCUCCCGGCUCACACGACCCCGCACCCCGCUCGACGCGUACACCCGGUCCGUGCUCCGCACGCACCGCAGCCGGAUCAGCGAGCUCCGGCGCACCCUCAGCGCCGUGCACCGCCUGCCGGCGAUCCUCGUCGUGAUCCGCGCGCUGCUGCAGUAUCUGCGUGCGCGCGCGCGCGCCGAGUGCGCCGCGAUAGCGCGCCGCGAGCGCGCGCGCACGGACACGCCGCGCGACGCGGGAGUCGUCGAGCGCGUCGAGGCCAUGGCGUGCUGGCACGUCGCGCCCGAGGUGCGGCUCGAGGCGUUGAUGGCGCUCGCGGAGGAGUGGUUUGCGCGCGGGGAGCGGGGGAUGCGGGAUCUGGGGCGGUGGAGUGAUUUGGUGGAGGGCCGGUUGCGGUGA